UUCCUGUAAGACUUAAGGCGAGCACCUCCUUGCAGAAUGCAAACUCUAUCGUUUUAACUCCUAGCUGUCAGAUUCACCUGCGCGGUGAAUUGCAUAGUAUAGUUUCCUUCUCAGAAAACUGUAGGGGAGCUGCUUGAGAAUAGCUCCUGUUAAUACUGAAGGGGAUUUUGAACAAGAUAAAUGGUUGGCAAUCUGUUCUCCGUAAGGCUGCUAAACCUAGUGGCGGCAAAUUUGAAAAAAAUGUCAUCAAAUACGAAGGAUGGUGUCCUCCAAGACAAGCGUAGCAAGAUCAUGGCUAGAGGGCUUCCGAAGCAAAAGCCGAUUGAAGGAGUUAAGCAAGUGCUGCUUGUAGCUUCUGGUAAAGGGGGCGUUGGAAAGUCCACAACGGCUGUAAAUGUAGCCCUUGCAUUGGCAGCAAAUGAACCGACAAAAGCAGUUGGGUUGCUUGAUGCAGAUAUAUAUGGGCCGUCCAUACCAAAAAUGAUGAAUCUAAAAGGAAAUCCAGAGGUGACAUCAAAAAACCUAAUGAGACCUCUUGUGAACUAUGGAAUUUCAUGUAUGUCUAUGGGUUUCUUGGUGGAAGAGACUGCACCAAUUGUCUGGAGAGGACUCAUGGUAAUGUCCGCUUUAGAGAAAUUACUGAGACAGGUUGACUGGCACCAACUGGAUUAUCUGGUAAUUGACAUGCCACCAGGAACAGGAGAUAUUCAUCUGUCAAUCUCACAGAAUAUUCCAGUUGCAGGGGCUGUAAUUGUAUCCACUCCACAGGAUAUAGCUUUAUUGGAUGCACAUAAAGGCAUUGAGAUGUUCAGAAAAGUGAAUGUGCCAGUAUUGGGCCUUAUACAGAACAUGAGCGUUUUUCAAUGUCCAAAUUGCAAACAUGAAACACAUAUUUUUGGAGCUGAUGGAGUGAAGAAAUUAGCCAAGAAUAUUGGUAUAGAUGUUUUAGGUGACAUUCCACUACAUGUCCACAUAAGAGAAACAUCUGAUUCUGGCAAACCUAUUGUCAUUUCACAGCCCCAGAGCAAUGUGGCUCAAGCCUAUUUGAAGAUUGCUGCUGAAAUAGUGAAAAGACUUGUCACUUUUUCCAAUUUGAAGUCAUCAUUUUGAAGAACUGCACCUUGGAUUUUAGGAUUGAGCUAUGAUAAUGUAGCAAAAUAAAUAAUAAAUAUUUUAUGAGUGUGUAUUAUGGAAAGUUUUUCAGUUACAUAUUUUAAUAUUUAUAUUUAGAUUUUUUAAAGUUAAAGAUAGUGUUCCAGCAAAUAAUCUUUUGGUACUUUAGAAACAGAUAAACUCAUUAGGACAUAAGAUUUCAUGGAUUAAAAUUUAUUUAAUCAGAGGUAUUGAAUAUAGUCUUGAGAAUGUAGUACUAUAUCAGAUGCACUGAGUAUAGUCCAGAGAAAGAAUUAUUACAUGCAACGGAGAUGGCCCAUUCAAAAAUAUGAUAAAUAAAUAAACAAAUUACAUAUACCGUCAGCUAAGAUGGGUCUAGAAAAUUCAUGAUGGCUGUGAAUGUGAACAUUUAAAACAUUUGUUUAGUACUUUCUAAUAUAAGAUCCAUUAAAAACUAACUAUUUUGUGGAGCUCAAUAUCAUCCAUUUAACUGUCAAUCAUUUAUGAAACAUGGAAGUUUUUUUUAGAGGGCGGUGAUCCAAACCUAUCUAUAUUUAUUACAGAGAUUGAGAAAUAUCAAAGGGAUCAAGAGAUGCAGGGAACAAUUUGUUCUUAAUACGUCUAAAAUACAAAAUACAGAUACUGAUCUGGAUACAAACUAUGACUAAAUGAAUUUUUCCAUCCAUGAAAGGCAUUAGAUGCAGCAGUGAAUUUACAUUGGCAAGAUUAAGAGGGCAACUGAUCUUUGUCAAUUUCUCUUUUCCUUAUGGAGUAACUCUGUUUGGAGCACUCCAAAGCUUGUUCCAGCAAGUUGUGAGACAUUCUGAAAGUGAUGUUGGAACUUCAGAGUAAAGUAUAGUCAGCCAAGAUCAUCUUGCUUUUCCUUUCUGCUGGUAAAGAGUUGGGGAACUUUCGAUCCUCCAGGUAUUGCAGAACUGCAACGUGAGCCAUCACCGUGGCACGACAAAACCGCGCUUGACUAAAGCGCGCCCGAUGAAACCGCGUCGCUGACGUCAUCAACAGG